GCCGCUCCGCCUGGGGAGGUCCGAGGUGGGGGCUGACGGCCGGCAGCCGGGGCCGCUGGCCGCAGCGGGCAGAGCAGGGCAGCAUGGACCUGAACAUGGGCAUGGUGGCCCGGGAGGCCGGUCCGGGCCCGGGCCCCGGCCUCGGCCUCGGCCUCAACGGCCUCCCCCGAAUCGCCCCCGCCAAGACCAAAAAACCUAAAAAGGCCGUCCUCUUUUUCGAGGUGGAGAUUCUGGACGCGAAGACGCGAGAGAAGCUGUGCUUCCUGGACAAGGUGGAGCCCCAUGCCACCAUUGCCGAGAUCAAGAACCUCUUCACCAAGACCCAUCCACAGUGGUACCCUGCCCGCCAGUCCCUCCGCCUGGACCCCAAGGGCAAGUCCCUGAAGGAUGAGGACGUCCUGCAGAAGCUGCCUGUGGGCACCACGGCCACACUCUACUUCCGGGACCUGGGGGCCCAGAUCAGCUGGGUGACGGUCUUCCUGACCGAGUACGCAGGGCCCCUUUUCAUCUACCUGCUCUUCUACUUCCGGGUGCCCUUCAUCUACGGCCACAAGUAUGACUUCACGUCCAGCCGGCACACGGUGGUGCACCUUGCCUGCAUCUGCCACUCAUUCCACUACAUCAAGCGUCUGCUGGAGACGCUCUUCGUGCACCGCUUCUCCCACGGCACCAUGCCCCUGCGCAACAUCUUCAAGAACUGCACCUACUACUGGGGCUUCGCCGCUUGGAUGGCCUAUUACAUUAACCACCCUCUCUACACACCCCCCACCUAUGGAGCUCAGCAGGUGAAACUGGCCCUCGCCAUCUUCGUGAUCUGCCAGCUUGGCAACUUUUCCAUCCACAUGGCCCUGCGGGACCUGCGGCCAGCUGGGUCCAAGACCAGGAAGAUCCCAUACCCCACCAAGAACCCCUUCACCUGGCUCUUCCUGCUGGUGUCCUGCCCCAACUAUACGUACGAGGUGGGAUCCUGGAUUGGCUUUGCCAUCAUGACACAGUGUCUCCCAGUGGCCCUCUUCUCCCUGGUGGGCUUCACUCAGAUGACCAUCUGGGCCAAGGGCAAGCACCGCAGCUACCUGAAGGAGUUCCGGGACUACCCGCCUCUGCGCAUGCCCAUCAUCCCCUUCCUGCUCUAAGCCGCCGCCGCCGGCUCCCAGGCUCCACCAAGCCAGGCUCUUCCUCUGUCCCAGCAGCAUUCCGGGGGAGGAGGGGGGGCCACCACUGUCCGGCGCUUGGAAUAAAACCUGCCUGCCCCUGCCAGACUUGG